AUGGCAUUCAAGGCUGUGGUGCUGUUGGUGGUCCCUGCUCUGGCCACCAAGCUGGGCAGCCAGGGCUGGUGGCCGUUUACCUCCGGCGAGCCGGAGCUGCCGAAGGAUGUGCAGGCCUUGGUGGGCUCGCAGGAUGAGGCCUUGCCACUGAAGGCCGUGAAAAGCGCCGCCCCGCCACGGGCGAUGAGGGCGCCAACCGCUUCGCCGACGGCUCCGGCAUUGCUGUCGUUGGCUCAUGCCCAGCCGAGUCCAGCGGAAGAGUACGACGAGGCUCAGCCAGGCACCUACGACCUCAACAAAGGAGUCAUCUCCGCUCUGCUUGGAAGCAAGAUGACAGAGGCAGCCCCGGCAAGGGUGGCGGCGGCAGCUCCGACAGCCCCGGUGGCACUGCUGGCGAAGGCGGCAGGAAAGCCCGACCCCUCCAAGCAGUGCCUGGACUUUGCCACCUGGGCCAAGGAGGCAAAGGUCGCUGGAAAGGAGCUCACGAAGCUCCUGAUGACCAGCACCUGUGCUGACAAGUCAGCUCCCCAGAAGUACCAGGAGAUGUGCCGAGACUUGAGGUCGGACCUCCAGGAGUUGGAGAAGUCCAAGGAUUGGAUUCCCGCGCACGCCUGCGCCAUCUUGCUGACUCGCCUUCAGAAGCGGCUGGCCUCGCAAUUUAGCGACGAGUUCGACCGGGGAUCGCUGGGUUUCAAGCACUCGGCGCUGCGCCGUUUGCAACUCGUUCCGUUUCGCGGCGGCGAUGCUCGGGGUGGCCGGCCUCAUACCGGCGCCUCGGCUGGAGGCGGCGGCGCCAUGGGCUCCUCGCCCGGCUUCCGCGGCCGCGCAGCCCUGGAGGGCUCCGUGUGGGAGGUUGGUGCAAUCGCUCCCCUGGCGGCCCUGGCGGCCCUGGCCCGGACCUCGCGGGCGACGCGGCGGACGUGCUGUCGGGCUGGGGUGAAGAUCUGCGACAUCCGGCCGGAGAUCUACCGUGUUGAGGACCCGCACCGCUCCUUCUUCUACAGCCAGUGCCCUCCGGAGAACCCCAAACUGCCGGAGUUCGCCUUCUUCGGGCAAUCCAACGUGGGCAAAUCCUCCCUCCUGAACUUCCUGUGCAACAGAAGGAAGAUCACAACCAUCUCGAAGAAUCCGGGCCAUACGAAGCUCAUCCACCACAUCCUGUGUGAGAAGUCUUUCUAUUUGGUGGACCUGCCUGGAACAGGCACUGCCGAAGGGAAGGGCAGGGCGCUGAAGCAGAUGAGCAAGGUCUUGACGGCCUACGUGCGCCAUCGGAACACCUUAGCACAGCUCUUCUACCUUGUGGAUGGCUCAAAGCCCUUCCAAGACUUCGACCUCCAGGGCAUCAAGUGGUUGGCGGAUACGGGGGCAGACCUCACUGUGGUACUCACCAAGAUGGAUACUCCCAAGCGCCAGCCUAGAGGUGCCCCGGAGGACCCAGCAGAAGAGUUCGUGCAGAGGUUGGAGCAGAUGCCACAGAACCCCUGGCGCCGCUUGGGCUCGGAACUGGAUCGCGGGCCAAUGUUGAACUCGCCGGGCCCCGUUUCGGUACUGUCCCGGAAGGGUGCCACUCGCAGCGUUGUUCUUUUCAACGUAGAUUGCGUGGAUUUGAAGUGUUGGCCCAUCCUCGCGCGGGACCUGCGCGGGGCCUCUGCGCGACCAGCGCAGGACCUCACUUACUCCGCAGCUGCAUGCGCACCCCCACCCGCUCUCGGCGCGGUAAAACGCUAG